AGUGGCUGGCGGGCUUGUAGCGUUAUUGGAGGUGUUGCGAGUGUGAGGGUGUGCUAGUGACUGGGUGGGAGCUGCGGUCGGUCGGUCGGUGUGGGUCACCCGAGAGUCCCCGUUGCUGGUUGCCGCCGCCUGAGUGCCCUACUCUUGUGCAGCCUACGCCGCCGCCGCAGCAGCAGCACUUCCAGCUCCAUUGCUUUACUUUUUUGCAGCCCACAUAGGGGACAUUAUGCCGAAGAGAAAGUCUCCAGAGGGUGCUGAGGGCAAAGAUGCAGCUAAAGUAACUAAACAAGAGGAUGCCGCUUAAAUUGCACUUUAUGCAGAAAGCCUUUCCUGGUCUUCCCAGUCCCUCCUCAGUUGUUGAUAUCUUCUUCCCCUUUCAGCCCACAAGACGAUCUGCAAGAUUGUCAGCUAAACCUGCGCCACCAAAACCUGAACCAAAACCAAGAAAAACCACUAAGAAGGAACCUGGAACAAAGGCUAACAAAGGCGCUAAAGGGAAGAAGGAUGAGAAGCAGGAAUCUGGAAAGGAAGGUACUACACCGUCUGAAAAUGGUGAAACUAAAGUCGAAGAGAUUCGCAUCUAUCGCUCAACUGUUAGUGUUUCAACAUCCCGAGGUGCCCCACCCAGCACACUGUCAGUAAAGGGGCAGAUUGAAACAGUGAAAGUUAAGGGCACGGAAAACUGAAUCUGUAGGUGACAAGGGAGAAUGAAUUAUCACGAAAAUUGGGGGUGGAUUUUAUGUACCUCUCGGGACAACUUUUAAAAGAUAUUUUUAUCAAGUAUUUUGUAAAUGCUAAUUUUUUAGGACUACGAUAGGCAGCAUAUUAAAAAAUGUAUAUCAAUGAAUAUUUUCCCUUCUCAUAACAAUGCUUUUUGGAAGCCCCCCCAUCACUUCAUCACUUUCCCUGACCCCCAAAGUAAUAUGAACAUCAGUUGAAUAUUGGAAGCCGUGUGUAAAAUUGGAUCAGCAUUCCACGCACUUGCUUUGAAAAUUAGUCCUGUGCAGACGGUGGUGUUUUUACUGUGCAUAUUUGAAUUUUUCAUGCAGUUUUUCUAGAGCAAUAAUCAGUGGUGCUUUUGUACUUAGGUUUUAUGUGAUUUUAAUGAAACAUGGAUACUUGUGGCCACCUGCUGACUAUUUUUGGUUCUUUUAAUGGUUUAAAAUAAAAGGUUUUCUUGCCUGCAAAA